CAGCCUAAAAGCAAGCUUUAUCGGUUCUGAUAUACCCAAAGCAAACUGACUUUCAUUAUAAUGUAAAAUGGCCCUAUAUUUGGCAAUUUAGUCGAGACACCUAUAAUUGACCAGAACGUGUUUUUGAGACACUUCCUCACUUGAUUGCAGCUGCAGCAUUACGCACAGCACAAUGACUGUACUGACGCGCUCGGACUCCUGUCAGGGUUAGAGGUCUUUGAGAGUCCAUAUCAGCCUGUUCAGCCCUGGGCGGUGCAACACCUCUGCCAGCUCUCUGCAGUUAUGCACGUCAGGGACGGGAUUUUUAUAUAUCACACAAAUUACCGCGGACACAUUCUUGGCUUUGCGCCAACCGCAACCGCAUUCAUUUCCAUCUCUGAGAUCUAAAGUCUGCUAUGAUCGGUGUUUUUAUUCCAGAAGGACAUUUAAAACUGCACAGAUUUUAACUUGAAGGAUUUUUCUCCCGUUUGAACGUUGAAACAUGUCCUUUUUGCGCGCAUCCUGGAGAGCUGAAAGGUGAUUUUUUUUUUUUUUUCGCAAACAAGGAAACAAAACCCAGUGGAGCAUGGAGAACAGCACUUUAUUCAAAUUUAACAACGCGACUCUGGCAACGAUAUGGACUGACUAUAGUAUCGAAUACAAGGUCUCCAGCAUCUUAUUGGUGAUUCUUAUUUGUGGAGUUGGAAUUGUUGGCAAUGUAAUGGUCAUUUUUGUGGUCUUAACGACCAAGCACAUGCGUACCCCAACUAACUGCUAUUUGGUGAGUCUGGCAGUUGCCGACCUCAUGGUCCUGACGGCAGCUGGGCUGCCCAACAUCACCGAAAGUCUGUUCGGCGGCCACUGGGUGUACGGAUACGCCGGAUGCCUCUCCAUCACUUAUUUUCAGUACCUGGGAAUCAAUGCAUCUUCCUGUUCCAUCACAGCCUUCACUAUUGAACGCUAUAUUGCCAUUUGCCAUCCGAUAAAAGCGCAGUUUAUGUGCACCCUCUCCAGAGCCAAAAAGAUCAUUGUUCUCGUUUGGGUUUUAACGUCCCUCUAUUGCGUUAUGUGGUUUUAUCUUUCCGACACGGAAGAGAUCAUUUAUGAGAACGCUAUCCUUGUGACAUGCGCCUACAAAGUAUCUAGAAACCUGUAUUUGCCCAUAUAUUUCACAGAUUUUGCCGUGUUUUACGUUAUCCCGCUUUUGCUGGCCACUAUUUUAUACGGAUUGAUCGCUAGGAUUCUUUUCCUCAACCCACUCCCGUCGGAUCCCAAAGAGAGUCGAAGAAAUUGGAAGAAGGAGUCGUCCGUGCACGGGAACUCCAGAAGUUCCUCAAGCAACGCAACUGCGGCUUCUCGGAGACAGGUGACAAAGAUGCUGGCAGUGGUGGUGACCCUCUUCGCUAUUCUGUGGAUGCCCUAUCGGACGCUGGUGGUGGUCAACUCCUUCCUCAAAGACGCCUAUUUGGACACCUGGUUCCUUCUUUUCUGCCGUCUCUGCAUCUACAUGAACAGUGCCAUCAACCCAAUCAUCUACAACGCCAUGUCUCAGAAGUUCCGCGCCGCCUUCCACAAACUGUGGCACUGUGGGCCCCAGCGCUCUGAGAAGCCCCCCACAUAUAGCCUGGCACUCACAUACAGCGUCAUCAAGGAGACCUCCAACGGAGAAAGCCCAGACCACUAUACCACAGAGCUAGAUGACAUCCGCGGAGCCGCCAAAGUGCUUCUGCCAGAGAGGAAGAGGUUGUCGUUUAAAGAGUCCUCACUAGCUUGUAAAAACACACUAGCUAGUGCUUAGAUACUUGGUUGGUAUGUCAGAUUAGGUUGCUUAAUUUGCAGUUUCACAGUGCCUCUGAAUGGCCUAUUGGAUUGACUGCCACAUGGAAACAGCAUUUUGACAAUCAUAGACUUUCGUUUACAUAUUCAAAACAAAGCAGAUUUAUUCAUAGACUAACCAUAACCUAGACUUUUAUAGUAGCUGAAGACUAAAAUAGGUUUGGUCCAGUCUGUGAAGGCGGAGUAAUGCUCCUGAAGCAAUCAUGGGUGAAGAUAGACAGGCAUUUGGAUGGCUGAUUGAACAUGACUCCAUGACGGUAUUGGAUGUGAUUGAGUGUGUGAGCUAGAGAAUACACAAUUAAUUGAAAUUAAACCUGAAAUUGUGAUAUGGCUUACCUUGAGUAUCAAAUUGCAAAGGCUGUGACUUGAUUAAAUAAAUAAAUGCGCUGUGUGUUUCAAGACACAUGCCAGUGACAGAAGCAGGAUUAUGAGUGCGCGAGCAGUGCUUGUGUCACAUUUUGCCACUCUCUGCAUAUUUCCCAUUGAAAAUUAACUAGACAAUUGCGACUGGCAUGUCCCAAAUGGCCUGUGUGAAAUGUGGCACUUUGUUGUGAAAUGGGAGCAGUUCGUGACAUUCUUGUGUGAUUCACAAAACACUUGCUCCUGAAAGAUGGUUCAGUAUCCAGUUUAUUAGGACCAGCUGGUUCCACUGAAUCAAAUAGAUGUUUAUAUUUUCUAUCAAGCGUUCAGAAUACAAACUAUGGCAGUGGGCGUAUAGUUUCCGACAGGUGCUGUACGCCGUAGACCAAUCUCAACAGCCUAGGCCAUCUGACCAAUCAGAGCAGAGUAGGCUCACAGAAAGGAGGGGUUUAGUAAGACUGAACCUUCUUCAAGUUGCUUCAAAUGAAUAUUUGGAAUAUGAGGUAAUAUAAAAUGAUUAUUUUAGGAAAGUAUUUUUUGACAUUGUAUGCAUGCAAAACAAUAUUAGGAACCUUAUAAAUGACAUAAAAGGGGCACUUUAAAUAGCUUCAUUUGGCUUCCUCCCUCAGAAAAAUAAAACAUUUUAUCCGAAAAAUCACAUAUAAAAUUUUACCUAAAAUUGUGCAGCCCAAGUGUUAGCUGAGGGAUGGAUACUUCGGUACUUCCAGUCAAAAGAUUUGUACCACUGAGGUCUCAAAGCGAUGGCCAGUGGUCACUCUGACAACAGCUGCACGCAUCACUGCCAAAUUAUCACUCUGGAAAACUUGUUCCAGGAAUGGUUGUCACAUUGUUACUCACUGAACUCUGAAACAAAGGAAGGUUGAUUACUUCUUAAUGCUCAUUUAAAAAAAAAAAAAAAAAUGCAAGCUCAAUUUUACACAUGCAGAGAAAUGUCCUGCCCAAUAAUACUUUUUUUUUGCAAAGGGGCAUAAAGUUACACUAUUAUGAGGCUUAAAAUACCAUAGUACACCCAGAGCCGUGAAACUAAAUUUAAGGGUGUUGCAUAUUCAAACCCUUAAUUUUAGCAUUUCAGUCAUGAUUCACACCCACUUCCCAAAUGUAUCAGUCUAAAACCAGAAUACACAACUGUUUGUUGUUUGUGUCAUACACAGUAUAUUGUGCAUCAUCAGCUGGGGCUGUUUUCUCACAGAUCUGAUGCUCACGAUGGCACUGAGAUUUUCCUAGCAGAGCUCAAUUUUGCAAAUGUUAAACUGCUAAAUUAAAGAGUAGAUGAAGAUAAUCUGUGAUUUCAAUUGCUUGUAUCUGUAUCUUUUGAAUCAUUGUGGUAUAAUUCAAGGCAAGGUCAUUUAAAGGGGUCAUAUGAUGCAAUUUCAAGUUUUCCUUGCUCUUUGGAGUGUUUGUGAAUAGAUACAAUCCCUAAAGUCACAAAGACUAAAGUAUCAAGCCCAAAGAGAUAUUCUUUAUAAAAGUUAGGACUUGUCCAUGCCCUCCUAAAAUGCCUAAUUUAAGCAUGUCCCCUCAUGUCUUCUUCACUGACAAGGAAGAUUUGCAUAACAUGCCCAAAUGUUCACACAAAAAAAAAGAAGGUGGAACUUUUAUUCUCAAUGUAGUAUUGUUGAUGCCGCCGCAACUAGAAAUAGAGUAGCGCUUGUUGUUUCUCAGAUCACAAAUGCAGACACGUUUUAUGUUUACACAGCGCGAUGCAACGCAAUGCGUAAAAACACAUAAUAAUUCAUUGUAAUCAAUAAUUAUGUCCCCACUGGAUGCAACAAAUGCCUAAUUUGUAAUGGGUUUUAUUGUUUUUGUCUUCACUCCUAAAAAUAACGGUACUUUGCGAUGCCAUAAAAGAACCUUUUUGUCCAAAUGGUUUCAUAAAGAACUUUUAACAUCUGAAGAACCUUUCUGUUUCACAAAAGGUUAAUUGUGGUGAACAAAGGUUCUUCAGAUUAUUAAAAUGUCAGAAAAAGAUGGUUCUUUAAAGAACCUUUGACUGAAUGGUUCUUUAUGGAGCCAAAAAUAGUUAUUCUAUCGCAUCGCUAGAAGAAGCUUUUGAAGCACCUUCAUUUUUAAGAGUGUUGUCGCGCCAGGACAUGGCAUCACAGCAUGGUAUUCAGCCAAUCACAAUGCACUGGAUAGCUGUCCAAUCAGCAUACACCUCGCUUUUCAGAACGAUGAGCUUUGUAAAAAUCAAUAAGUUUCAGAAGGCGGGGCAUAGAGGACAAACAAAAAUGUACAGUAUGUGGAAAAUAAUGUGGUUUUUGAACUUUAGAUACACAAAAUAAUGUUCUUUUUUAGCAACGUCAUAUGACCCCUUUAAGAAUUAUUUGACACUGUAAAUACCUCGUUUUGAUAUCUCUUUCCCUGAAAAAAAUCAACAUGUUUCAGCUCUCUGUAGUUUCCAGUUGUUAGCGGCUGUAAAAUAUCUGCAUGAACAUAAAUGGCGAUGUGAAAUUUAAACCUAACACAACUCGACAACACAACAAUUUUUUUUUUUUUUUAUACUCAGUGAACAUAAUAGUGGAUGAAAUGUACAGCUCUUGUGAUGUAAGCAAGAAAAGAUAAAAGAAAAAAAAGUGUGUGGUGGUAACAUUUGCUCAUUAUUAGUGUUUAAAUUAACUUUCUUGCUGUAUUAAAACAUGUUUUGUAUUUGUAUUUUGUACAGUUGUUGUUUAAAAUAUACUGAUAGUAAAUUUUUGGGAAAUUC